AUGGAUGAAUGGGAAGAUUACGGAACUGCAGAAGCAAACAGCGGUCGAGAUCGACUGAGUGAGUUACCCGACUCUUUAAUUAUUGAAAUCUUUUCAUUGUUGGAUAUCAAAGAUGUUGUUCGGACAGCCCUUGUCUCCAAACGUUGGGAAAACCUCUUGUCGACCAUCCCCUGCCUUGAUCUCUUGGAACAAACUCCAAGUUUUAUCUCUAGUGUUGUUUCACUAUGGAAAGGCCCCCAGAUUCCGAAAUUACGCUUAUCUUUCCCUCCUUACAAUGUGGACCCUUGUAGUAGUGUUAUUGAUUCAUGGCUGCUUUUCGCUAUCGAAAAACGAGUGGGAGAGCUUUAUUUAGACUUGUCGAAUUGGCGAGAACUUAAUGCUAUCGUAAAACGAGUGGGAGUGUGUUGGGGAGAUCUUAAUACAUAUAAGAAGGUUGAUUAUUGCUUACCUCAGCCCUUGUAUUCAUGCUCGUCGAUUACAAAAUUAACUCUUGCGAGUUGCAAGCUGAAAAUUGAGGAUAAUGUGCAGUGGAAUCAACUCAAGAGUUUAGAAAUUACAUAUCCGGAUUUUUUGAGUGGUGAUGCCAUGAACCAAAUUCUUUUGGGUGCUCCUCUGUUGGAAGAUUUGGUUUUGAAGUCUUUCAAAAUUGGUGAAAAAGAAAACUUCAGUAUCCGAUCUACUAGUUUGAAGAUGCUCAAGAUACAAAUGGAUUAUAUUUGGCAUGGAACUACAGUGCUGAGAAUUUGGGCUCCUAAUCUCUUGAAUUUAGUUCUUGAGGCUCGUUUUCAUGGUAUUUGUUUGUUGGAUGUCCCGUCUUUGACUCAUGCAAUUCUUUCUUUGGUGCACAAUGGAGAUGUAGCAGCACAAUUUAAAUUGCUUAAUCAUGUUUUUCGAAGCAUCCGCCAUGUUGAGAAGGUCAAUUUGUCAUAUUCGUGCUUUGAGAUGCUUGUCAAAUUCAAGAAUAAAGAUAAGGUUAUGCCGUUGUCAAAUUCUAAGAUUCUAGAGCUUGACUAUGUAGAUGCCAAAUAUUUGCUUGAUUUGGUAGGGAUGAUGUUUCCCAAGCUGGAGAGGUUAAUCGUUGAACAAGGCAGCCGCAAGGCUCGUCAUUUUUACGAUAGUGAAGAGGUUCACAAUGCUAUGGUUGAUACAUUGGCGUAUGCUAAGAUGAGUUUUCCCAGUCCCUCUCUUCUCCAUCUAAAGACAUUUGAGGCUACUUGGUCUAUGCGCGACCCUUCAAUAAUUCCGUUGAUACAAACUCUGUUGGAAAACGCUCCCAUACUUGAAAAGAUGGUUAUUCAACUAAGACAGGAUGCAUCUGAUCCAAAGACAUUCAUUUUGGUACAACAGAAGGUGAUGAGGAUGCCGAGAUCCUCUCCUACUGCACAAGUCAUCAUAAGCUUGGUACAGCAGAAGGUGAUGAGGGUGCCGAGAUCCUCUCCUACUGCACAAGUCAUCAUAUGCGUAAUUUGA